ACGUUGAAUGCAUUAUCUAUCGCGGAUUUGUUUUCUUUAACAACAAAACAAUAAAGAUAGUUCCAAUUUUAGCGUUUUAUUAUAAAUUAUUUAAUUAUUCGAAUGUACAAAUAUAGAAACUCAUUAAACAUGGACACCGAUACGGAUCUUUCCGAAACUACGGGCCUACGCAUGUCUUUGCGUGAGAGACCACGUAAACUGCAUGCCGAACGAAAGCUGAGGAGCGAUGAAUUGAGUUUCCUCGACGACUUCGAUCCAGAAAAAUCCAAUCGCGAAAAGCGCAAGCUAAAAAGGAAGCCAGGAGUUAACACUCGAUGUUUGUAUGAUGAAUAUGGACGCAUCCGUCACAACGGCAAAGAUGUUUGCGAUUGUAUGGAUGACGAUUGCCCAGGGUGUUGGUAUGAAUGUGAGAAUUGCGGCUCGACCAAAUGCGGUGUUCAGUGCCGUGUACAUCGUAAAUUUUACUAUGAAUCGAUAACAUUCGAUGGAAAGGAUUCCACAAUUCGUAACAAACAUUUUCCACCCAAGUAAGAGGUUGGAGAGCAGCUGCUGCUGAAAGAAUACAAUUUAUUAUAGAUACCCAUUUUAAUGCGAAAAGCAAUUCGAAGAUGAGUCUCUGGAAGUUAGAAAUAAGCUAUUCUUAAAAUCAUCCAUGUGUUUUAAUUUAUCUAAAUUACAUCAUGUUUAAUUUUUUGGGUCACCCUUUUUUGGGUUUUUUUAUUUUCUCUAAUAUGUUUUGGAUGCCUAAAAUUGUAAAUCAUGCUAUACCUAGUUUGUAAGAAAUAUGAAAGAUUGUGAGUAAUACCAACUUCUAGAAUUAUUUUUGGAAAUUUAAACCAUAAGCUGAAAAGUCUAUACCUAAUAUUUAAUAAAGAAGCAUACAUAGGAAUCGCCA